AUGUCUUCGUUAGUUUCUCAGACCUCGCGAACGACUCCGUCGUCGUCGCCCCGUACGGGACAACGCACUUUGAAGUUUUCAACCGGUACUGAAGCCCGGCUUCAUCGGCGAUGGAUCUUUUUGACCUACUCGCAGUGUUCACUUAACUCAAAGGAUGAGUUCCAGGCUGGCUUCAGUGACAUGUUGCAGGGAAAUAAGUUGGAGGAUACGACAUUUUAUGGAUGUCGCGAGCAUGACGAUGGUAAAGGAACUAACUACUAUGUGUUGGUCAAUCUUGGGAAACAAGUGAACUGGCAUUUCAGGUUUGCGCGGAGCCGCUUCCUUGUAGACGGCAACGAGUGUAAGUCCAUUGACAUAACCACUCCUCGCCCAAAGCAGAGCGUACAACAAUUUAUUGAGGACCGUGUCCUGGACUGUGAAAACGCGAAAGGUGGUGAUUGUUUUGGGCAACGGCCAAAGUGCCCGUCUGAGAAACUGGAGCGGAAGCGCAGGUGUGAGGAGAUUAAUGAGCAGCCGAUGGCACCGGUCAAGCUGUCCAAGCUGAAAACAGCGCAACCAUCGAGAGCACUAUCCACUACCUCUCAGGUAGAUAAGAGUAGCUCAGAGAUGAUUGGACAAGGUGAGGCGCAUUGUCAGGUGAUGGCACUGGCUGGGCUUUUGGGUGGUGAAGCUACUGGCUCUGCUGUGGAAACCCCGGUCAUGUUUGACCGGCGUCGACUUGACGCUAUUCUUGCAAAGUGGGUCAACUGGGAAAGCGAAGUGGACGCUCUCCGGAAUCGGGUUGGAGGAUUCGCUCGAAAUGAGCAGGAGUUCUAUUCUAAAAUAGUCGCGGCGAGGAAGAAGGUUCAGUACCUGGUCGAAGAUUACUACACAGGAUUUGAGAGAGAUUAG